CCUGACCUGAAUAAUGUGGAACUUAAUUAUGUCAAGUCUGCUGUUGCUGCUGUCCAUGCAGGCUCUUGAUCAUGCAAGUUAUGCUUUGGAAGUCACCACCACACCAACUCCAGGAGAAGUUGGCGAGGAUGGAUAUGUGCGUCUGGCUGCGGGGCCCAACCCCUGCUCUGGCAGAGUGGAGUUGUUCUACCAGAGCCGGUGGGGGACGGUGUGUGAUGACCUCUGGGAUCUGCAAGAUGCCCAGGUGGUGUGUAGACAGCUGGGCUGUGGCCCUGCCCUGUCAGCCCCCAGCAGUGCCAGCUUUGGCCAGGGCAGCGGGCCCAUCUGGCUGGACGAUGUCAGGUGCUCAGGGUCAGAGGCCACCCUGGCAGCGUGCCCCCACCUGCCCUUCGGCUCCCACAACUGUCUUCACAUUGAAGAUGCUGGAGUCGUUUGUGGAAACUUUGCUCCAACUACGUCCAGCCCACCAACCACCUCCAGACCCGCUACGUCCAGCCCACCAACCACCUCCAGACCCGCUACGUCCAGCCCACCAACCACCUCCAGACCCGCUACGUCCAGCCCACCAACCACCUCCAGACCCGCUACGUCCAGCCCACCAACCACCUCCAGACCCGCUACGUCCACCCCACCAACCACCUCAGGAAAUGCUACGUUCACCUCAGAAAAUGCUACGUCCACCACCUGA